GCAUUCCAACAUAUAUUCCAGUCGUACUAAUCAUCCCCUUCCCAUUUUCUGUACCAACACUUCUCUCCUCCAAUCUGUGCGACGGAGAUCGAGUGAGAGAGCUCCAACAAAAGCCAUGGCGAAAUCAUUUUGGUACUUGUUAGCUCUACUCUCUCUCCUCUCAUUAAUCGGUCAACAACUCUCACGCUCUUCAGUGUAUGCUGCUGCUGAUUUCGAAGGUUUUGGUGAUGAAUCUGAAGAAGAAGAUGAAGAUCAAUCUGAAUCUGAUCUCAUUACUAAUUUUCGAUCUACUUCUCCACCUCCACUCUUAACUCAAUCUGAUUUCAAAAAUGAUGUUGAACAACAAAAAGAUGAUGAAUCAAAACCUGAUUCAUCAUUGAAUUCUCCAUCUAUUGAUUCAUCAAAACCCUCGUCAACUGUUUCAUUUGAGUAUUGGGAUGAAGAUGAAUUCGAAGGUCUUCCAGUUCAAGAACGAGAGCAACAAGAGAAGGAAGAAAAGAAAGAAAACCCUAAUUCUGAUGUUGCUGAGUCAAUUUCUGAAUCUGGAUCAUCUGAUUCAAAGACCGAUGAAUCCAAAGAACGUGUACCAUUUUCCUUCUCUCCUCGUAAUUUCAUUGUUGAGAUAAUCUGUGUGAGUUUUCUGAUUAUGUUUGCUGUGAAUUACUUUACUGGGAAAAAGGAGAAUGAGAAUAUAGCUUUGUCUUGGGCAUCUAGAUUUGCAACUAAGGAUUCCAUAUUUGACAAGAAUUUUAGUUUAUUAGGAACUGGAGAUGGGAAAGAUACACCAUUAUUGUUAAAAGAAGGACAAAAUGUGUUUAAAUUCUAUGCAAGUGGGAGGAGAUAUUGUCAAGGGUUAUUAGCAACAAUGGAAUUAAAAAGUAGACAUGAUCUGAUAUCUAGACUUUAUAAUAUGGUUGUUCCAUGUAAAGAUGAGAUUACAUUUGAAGUUUAUAUGAAUGAUGAUUCAAUGGAUCAUGUCAUGUUUGCUCUUGCUAAGAAGAAAGCGGCUAAACUUAUGCAUAAAGAGUUCAUGGAUCUUCAGAGAUAUGCUAGUUUCGUACCUACUACACCGACUAAUAGGAAAUGGGUUGCUGAGGAGUUGGGGGUUGUUACAGAGUCUAGGGAGGUAGCUGGGGAUCUCAUCACUGAAGCGGUUCUUGAUCAGGUUUUUGGGGAUAAAGCAUUCGAGAAAUUUGGUAAGGGAUUCAUAUCUAUGCAUUUUUCUGAUCAACACCAAUCAUCACACAGAAAAAUGCUGGUAUUCAAGUUUGCUCUCCCUGAUGCGAAGAACAUGGCUGAUAUGACAAGAUUGGUGGCUCUUGUACCUUAUUAUAUUGAUUUGAUCGGCCGAUACAAGCUCAGUUCACAGGCACGAUCUAAAACAGAAGCAGCUAGAAAUAAGGCUGCCCAAGAAGUAUACAAGGAACUUCGGAGUGCAAGACAAGAAGCUUUACAAAAGAAGAAAGCAGAGAAGAGGAAGAUGAUGGAAGAGCUCGAAGCUAAGUUGAGUGCCGAAGCUAUUAAAAAGAAAGAAGCUAAAGAACGUGCUAGGCAGAUGAAGAAGGUGAUGCCAAAAGUGAAGAUGAGCCGAUCUUAGAAGCGAUCAUGACGACGAUGUUAUCUACUCUGUCUCAACUGUCAGUUCUCGACAACUCACAGCAUAAGUUUUUUACCGAACACUUCCCUCUGAUCUUAACUGUCCAUUAUUAUCACGUUUAAAUUUUUAGCUUAGCCAUUCCUCAACUCUUCCACAGCUUUCUGAUUCUUAGAAAUGCUCAAAGCAUUUUCUUUUGUUAGUUUAGAUGAUAUAAAAUUUGGUGAGCAAAUUUCCCAGAUGUCUUUUGCCUCACUGUAGUGGAGAAGUAGAGAGGGAGAGAGAGAGAUAGGGGUAGGAGGCGAGGGAAUCCUGUGUUGUAAUUUUCCAUUUAUAUGGAACUACUUUGAUUUGUUCAGUAUUUUUCUUUAAUUUGUACCUCUUAUUCAGGCUCUUUGUUUAGUUAAACCAUUUGAAAUGAAAUGUCAUGUUACUGAAGCUA